AUGCGCGCGCCGAGCGAUAGAAAAAAAGCUUUUCAUUUAGCUUUGUGUAAGCAGAAGAAAAAGAUUUUCCUUCUCUUACUUGAAGAACUUUUGAUCCAAUUUAGUGACGAGAAGCUUCAUUUAUAUUUGGAAUUUGCUGAAUGUGGGAUGACAAUGGCAAACUGUAAGCGUAAGCAUCAUCAUCUUCAAAAUCUAUUUAUUUUUUUAACACCACCCACAAAUUCCACGACAUCAAAUGCUCUCCAGAAAAACAUGAGUAAUUAUUCCAUUAUCUGCUUUAAUCUGGUUGAAAUGGCAUUUGAUCUGGUCGAGAAAAUUUCAUUUCUUUCAAAAGAAUUCAGAUUAAACUAG